ACAGGAGGUGAAGCUCAAGGGCAGCAAGAUGAAGCGAAGACUAGCAGCCAACUCUUUUCUAUUAAUUCUGGUCUUUGUUAUGGCUCCAGUCUGCACAGGAGCAGCAGCUUUUUCCUCCCUAGAUGCUGAGAAGACUGCUAAGUAUUGGAAUGAUCAUGCCACGGAAACUUUGAAAACUGCUCUACAUCUUGAACCCAUCACAACCAAAGCAAAGAAUCUCAUUAUGUUCCUUGGGGAUGGAAUGGGAGUUCCCACAAUCACGGCAGCCCGGAUAUACCAGGGGCAACUGAGGGGAGAGCAGGGUGAAGAGAAUAUUAUGGCCAUGGAAAGGUUCCCUUACGUGUCUCUCUCUAAGGUAUACAAUGUAGAUGCUCAGGUUCCAGACAGCGCAGGUACAGGGACAGCGUAUCUGUGUGGAGUGAAGACCAACAGCGGAAUUCUGGGUUUAACCGCUGCUGCACAAUACGGGGUCUGCAACUCCAGCCACGGGAAUGAGGUGAAAUCCAUACUACACAGAGCCAAGCAAGCAGGUAAGUCCGUGGGUAUUGUUACCACCACUCGUGUACAACAUGCUUCUCCGGCAGCAUCCUAUGCUCAUAGUGCUAGUCGUGAAUGGUAUUCUGACAAUGAGAUGACUCCAACUAUGACCAACAAUGGCUGCAAGGAUAUCGCGUACCAGCUGGUGCACAACACGGACAUUAAUGUAAUUCUAGGAGGAGGGAGAGUCUAUAUGCAACCAAGCGGGACACCUGACCCCGAGUACCCAACUAGCUCAUCAAGCAGAGCUGUUAGAAAAGAUGGACUCAACUUAACGGAUAUGUGGCUCAGCAAGAGACAGAAUGCCAUAUAUGUUUGGAAUAAAAAGGACUUUGAUGCUGUGAAUGUAGACACCACAGAUUACCUUAUGGGACUCUUUGAGCCAAAGGACAUGAAGUAUGAGCUUAGUCGUGACCCUGCCACAGACCCAUCGAUCGCUGAGAUGACUGAGAAGGCCAUCAAGAUUCUCAGCAAGAAUCCAAAUGGCUUCUUCCUCUUCGUUGAAGGUGGUAGAAUUGACCAUGCUCACCAUGAUGGGAAUGCCAAGCAGUCAUUGACUGAGGCGGUGGAGUUUGAUAAAGCUAUCAAAAGAGCUGGGGAAAUCACAGAAGAAUCUGAGACGCUGACUGUGGUGACUGCCGACCACUCGCAUGUCUUCUCUUUUGGCGGCUAUACAGACCGUGGCAACAGCAUCCUUGGUGUUGCUCCAGUAGCUGCCAAGGAUGGCAAACUAUACACCAGUGUAUUGUAUGGCAAUGGACCUGGGUUUAAGAUCACUGGUGGAGAACGGGAGAACAUCACCGGAAUUGAUACAAAAAGCAAUAGUUACCGUCAACAAGCAGCUGUUCCUCUUAGUUCAGAGACACAUGGCGGUGAGGAUGUGGCUAUUAUGGCCAAAGGCCCCUUUGCUCACCUCUUCCAUGGCGUCCAAGAGCAGAGCUAUAUUCCACAUGUCAUGGCAUACGCAGCCUGUCUGGAGCCCUACACAGAUUGCAAACUGAAAUCAAAGACCAGCAGCACCAUUUACUCUGCCACCAUGCUUCCACUCCUCACUGUGUGGGGAAUACUUGUCAUGAUCUUGUGGUGAGAUGUGCAUUUCUGUCUGGAUAAAAUAACCUCAUUUAUUUGUUCAUGUAAUAUUUUGAUAUCUUUGAUCUGAAAUAUAAAAAAAAAAAAAAAAAAAAAAAAAGCAAAUGUUUGUGGGAUCAAAGAAGAAAGUUUGUAAAUAUUUAAAUAAAUUGCCUUCUCAGAAA